AUGGAGUUUCAAUCUCCUAAUCGCUCCGGAAAGGACGAACAAGUUGUUCCUCCGAAGAGAGGUCGGGUCAAGAUCAUGAUCGCUCGUGAUCUAGCCACCUCGAUCACGUGGAAACCUAGGAGAAGCCGAAUCAAGAGCAUGAUCGCUCGCGAUCUGAUCCGAUCGGCAACCUUCCCAGGGACCAAGAACAACCACGACGGAGACGGGAAUAGAGAAGGCUGA